AUGUCCAAACUCAAAUGGAUACUCGACAAGGCGGCUGUAGAGAAAGAAACGGGACUCACCAAUGCCCAGAUGAUGUUGACCAACAGUGAUUUACGCCCAGUGGACCCGGAACGACGCCAAUGGAAAUGGAUCAACUUUAUUGCUUUCUGGAUUGCAGACUCAUUGAACAUCAACACAUGGAUGAUCUCCUCCUCAAUGAUCGUUGACGGUCUUUCUUGGUGGCAAUCCUGGAUCUGUGUCUGGGUUGGAUACUUUGUGGCAGCAGGUUUCGUGUGUCUUACUGGACGGAUUGGUGCUGUCUAUCAUAUUUCUUUUCCCGUCACAGCCCGAGCAUCAUUCGGAAUAUGGGGCUCUUUAUGGCCCGUCCUUAACCGUGUGGUGAUGGCUAUCAUUUGGUAUGGCGUACAAAGCUAUAUUGGAGGCCAGUGUAUAACUUUGAUGAUCGAGGCUAUUUGGCCCAGCUAUCGGAACCUUCACAAUGGCCUUUCUGCCAGUGCCGGGGUUGAUACCAAGAACUUCGUCAGCUUCUUCUUAUUCUGGUUGCUCUCGCUUCCAGCCAUGUGGUUCCCCGUUCACAAAGUCCGCCACUUGUUCACCGUCAAGGCGAUCUAUUCUCCUAUUGCUGCCAUCGCUUUCUUUGCCUGGGCCAUCUCCCGUGCCCAUGGUCUCGGGCCGAUUAUCCACCAGUCCAACACCGUUCACGGAAGCGAUCUUUCAUGGGCGAUGGUAAAAGGAAUCAUGUCGUGUAUUGGAAACUUUGCAGCGCUUAUUAUGAAUAACCCGGAUUUCUCACGAUUUGCCCGAACCCCGAAAGAUGCAUUCUGGUCCCAGUUACUUACUAUUCCCGCUGGCUUUGGCAUCACUUCAUUCGUUGGCAUUAUCGUGUCUUCCUCCUCAUCGGUUAUCUUCAACGACGGCUACACAUGGAACCCCCUUGAUCUCCUCGGAAAAUUCCUUGAUGGAGCCAGUUCCGGCCAGCGCUUCGGUAUUUUCGUCAUCGCCACCGGAUUCGCCCUAGCCCAGCUCGGAACAAACAUUGCCGCCAACUCAAUCUCAGCAGGAACUGACUUGACUGCCUUGUUACCUCGAUACAUGACCGUCCGACGCGGUAGUUACAUUUGCGCCAUCGUCGGCCUAGCUAUGUGUCCAUGGAACCUUGUCUCGGGCUCAAACAACUUCACUACAUACCUCUCGGCCUACUCCCUCUUCCUCUCCGCAAUCGCCGGCGUCAUGAUCUGCGACUACUACGUCGUCCGCAAGGGCUACCUGGACAUCAAAUCCCUCUACAGCGCCAGCAAAACAGACCCUUACUACUAUACCUUGGGUUUCUCUUGGCGCGCCUAUGCCGCCUACAUCUGCGGUAUCAUGAUCAACAUUGUUGGCUUCGCCGGUGCCGUUGGGCGCAAGGUCCCUAUCGGCGCCCAAUAUAUCUACAACAUCAAUUAUUUCACCGGUUUCAUUGUCUCCGGUACCGUGUACUUGGGUCUGACGUGGUUCUUCCCCAUUCCUGCGACAAGCGCUACCUGGAACGAAGUUGACGUCGACUUUGAAGACUCUGUUGCAUACGGGAAGGAUCCUGCUGACUUGGAGGGUCAUGGGUAUGCUGAUCGGUCGUCUGAUGACGUUGAGUCGGACGUUCGGAAGGGUCCGAAUACUUCGGAUAAGAAGCUUUGA